GAGGGAGGGAAAGAAGAGGGGAAUAGCGUGAGCGCGUACUAGCUAGCUAGCUAGCAAAGCAGAGAGACAGACUGAGAUAGGGACUAAGACAGAGACCUAGAGAAAGAGAAGAAGCCUCGUUUUAUCAAGGCUUAGGCUCCAACUUGUUUCAGUUCAUUUAUCCUUUUUUCUUCUCUGCUUCGGGGAAGUGACUGUGGCACUCGGUCUCUCCAAGCUGCUGUCUAGUCUAAGAAGAUGAUAAUCACACAAAUGUGGCAUUUCUAUGUGACCGGAUUUGGACUUCUUUUCCUGAUUAGUAUUCUCCCUGGAACCACUGGCCAAGGGGAAUCAAGACGACAAGAACCUGGGGACUUUGUGAAGCAAGAUAUUGGCGGACUCUCUCCCAAGCAUGCUCCAGACAUUCCUGACGACAGCACUGAUAACAUCACUAUCUUUACUAGAAUCUUGGAUCGGCUUCUGGAUGGCUAUGAUAACCGGCUUCGACCUGGGCUUGGAGAUGCAGUGACUGAAGUGAAGACAGACAUCUAUGUGACCAGUUUUGGUCCUGUUUCAGAUACUGACAUGGAAUAUACUAUUGAUGUAUUUUUUAGACAGACAUGGCAUGAUGAAAGACUGAAAUUUGAUGGUCCCAUGAAGAUCCUUCCACUGAACAAUCUUCUGGCUAGUAAGAUAUGGACUCCAGACACCUUCUUCCACAAUGGCAAGAAAUCAGUGGCUCACAAUAUGACCACACCCAACAAGCUGCUCAGACUGGUAGACAAUGGGACCCUCCUCUAUACAAUGAGGUUAACAAUACACGCUGAAUGUCCUAUGCAUUUGGAAGAUUUCCCCAUGGAUGUGCAUGCCUGCCCACUGAAGUUUGGAAGCUAUGCCUAUACUAAAGCUGAAGUGAUAUAUUCUUGGACUCUUGGGAAGAACAAAUCUGUGGAAGUAGCACAGGAUGGCUCUCGCCUGAAUCAGUAUGACUUGCUUGGCCAUGUUGUUGGGACAGAGAUAAUCCGGUCUAGUACAGGAGAAUAUGUCGUCAUGACAACCCACUUUCAUCUGAAGAGAAAAAUUGGCUACUUUGUCAUCCAGACCUACUUGCCAUGUAUCAUGACUGUCAUUCUGUCACAAGUGUCUUUCUGGCUUAAUAGAGAAUCUGUCCCUGCCCGCACAGUCUUUGGUGUCACCACUGUUCUCACUAUGACCACCUUAAGUAUCAGUGCCAGAAACUCCUUACCUAAAGUGGCAUAUGCGACGGCCAUGGACUGGUUCAUAGCCGUCUGUUAUGCCUUUGUAUUUUCUGCACUGAUUGAAUUUGCCACUGUCAACUACUUCACCAAGCGGAGUUGGGCUUGGGAAGGCAAGAAGGUACCAGAAGCCCUGGAGAUGAAGAAGAAAACACCAGCAGCCCCAACAAAGAAAACGAGCACCACUUUCAACAUCGUGGGAACCACCUAUCCUAUGAACCUGGCCAAGGAUGCUGAGUUCUCUACCAUCUCCAAGGGUGCUGUUCCCAGUGCUUCUUCAACUCCAACAGUCAUUGCUUCACCGAAGGUCACUUAUGUUCAGGACAGCCCUGCUGAGACCAAGACCUACAACAGUGUCAGCAAGGUUGACAAAAUUUCCCGUAUCAUCUUUCCUGUGCUUUUUGCCAUAUUCAAUCUUGUCUAUUGGGCUACAUAUGUAAACCGGGAAUCAGCUAUCAAGGGCAUGAUCCGUAAACAGUAGAUAAUAGUGAUGACAUAGCAACCAGUGUAUACCCUGUGAAGCAUCCAAACACCCAAAAUCCAGGGUUUCCUUUAUGUGUUUCAUGAUUCUUCUUUUCAACCCUGUUCCGAGUUGAGUGUAAUCACUUUCUCAAUUCAUAUUUAUAAACUUCAAUGAAAAUGUAACAACAGAAAAUUGACUUGUCCCUUGAACAUUGCUUGGAUUGAGCCAAACACUGCCAUUUGUCCAGUUGCUUAUCUUAGUGUGCCAGUCUCCCCUAGCUGAGGACACUGCAUGUGUUUAAUUUCACUCUGCCCAACAAAGAAGGAACAGGAGACUCUACUUUUUCUAAUGGAAACCUUGGCUGUAUGAGGUUCAGGGUGUUGAGAUCCAGGAGCAUAUUAACUGGGCUGCAUUGGAUGAUUCUGACUCACUAUGGAGUUAGGCCCAGCUGUCUCAUAUAAUCUUAUCAAUCUGGCCCCUCCCAUGCUCCAGCAAGGCCUACUAGAUAUAUGAACUGGUAGAAUGGGAAGAAGCCUGUGCAAACUUCUGAAGUAACCCCUAAAUAGUUCCUUGCCUUUGAAGUUAGUGGAGAUAAUUAAGGCUCAAUUCUGUCAAACAUGUAUGGGAGAGAGAGAGAGAGAGAGAGAGAGAGAGAGAGAGAGAGAGAGAGAGAUCUAGUUGGUUCAUUCCUGCAUUAAAAGUGUGGGUUCUACUCUAGUUUCAGCCAGUCCCUCAAGAAAGUAGCAUCUCAAUAUAUGUCUCCUUCAGGAAAGCCUCAACAACACAGAGUCCCUUAUAGCCAACUGAGUAUUGCUUACUGUGGAUUCAUGGCUGCCUGCAAACUAUUCAGGAAAAAAAAAUGAACAGACACUUUUAAGCCAAAUUUAAAAGGUAUACAUACACACAAAA